AUGGUUUGGGGAGAAAAGUAUUCAGGUAUCCUGGGCUGGACCACGGAUCAGCUUACACCUUUAGAAGGUGAAUCAAUUGCAUUGCCCAAAUUUGAUUCCAAUUUGGCUUGGGAAAUAGGCAACUCUGCUAGAAAUCUUGCAAUUGAAAAAUUUCCAAAUCAACCAGUGGUGAUUGAUAUCACGUUAACAUCUGGCCAGGUGCUUUUCCAUGCUACUUCUGGCAAUGGCACCGCAUUAGACAACGACGACUGGGUUCGUAGAAAGCGUAACGCUGUUUUCAAGUUUGGAAAAUCCAGUUUGUUCUUGGGUGCAAAGGUGAGAAGUAAGGGUGUGUCGAUGACCGAAGCAUUGUAUGUUUCCAUUGAAGAUUAUGCUUGUCACGGAGGCUGUGUGCCAAUUCGUUUGAAAGGAAGCGAUGUCGUUAUCGGGGCAUUGACCAUCAGUGGAUUGGCCCAAACCGACGACCAUAUUGCUGCAAUUGAGACGUUGAAAAAGUUUGCUUAA